AUGCCCCCCGUCUACUCCACCACAACCCGCAAAUCCGAGCGCACCCACGAAGAAAACCAAGAGAGAGCCUAUAUCGCUGCAUCCCGUCGCUCCGACCGCUCCCUCGAAGCCCGCAUCGAAUCCGCCCGCCGCGCCUCCGAAAUUCACAAAAAGCGUACCGGCAAAGCCCUUCGCGUCACGGAAGCCGAUGUCCAGAAUGAGGAGAUGUACGAGGAAGAAGACGAUGACCUCCCGCCAGGGUUCAGGGGCUUGACGGGACAUUUGACGACCGGGAGGGAUGGGUUCGACUGGAGGAUUAGCAGUUACGUCGCGGGGAGUGUUGCGUUUCGGUCGUUUAUUGGGGAUCGCUCUCUUGUCUCGCAGAAUCCGCAUGACCCGGCGUAUAUGCAACAGGGGAUGGGGAUGCCGCAGUUCGAUCGCGAACAAAUCUUCCCGAACUUGCAUUGGAAUCCGGUCAUGACUCCACGGGCUCUGACUCCCGCCGAGCAGGGCCCUGCUCCGGCACCGAUUUAUCCUAGGGGACAGCAGCCGUAUCAUCGGUCGCAGAGUAUGACGCAUCGACGUGCUUCCUCUUCCACUACCGUUACCACCAAUGUCGAUGGUGGGAGUCCGGGAGGUAGGAGUAUGACCUUGUCCGGGAUGGAGGGGCAUAGGUACUCCUCCACCUCGGGCUCUGAGUCGACGAGUACUUCGAACACGACGCCUGAUGUUCCCGGAGGACACGCCCAGGGAGGUCAGGGUCAGGGGAUGAGCAUGAGCUUGCCGGCGAAUUAUCCGUAUACGACGACAUUGCCGCUCAAUACGCAGCAGUUUAUCGAUGUUGCUGGGUUGGGUGGGCCGUCCCCUUUCAAGCAGCCUCACGCUCCGACGCAGAGUCAGAGUCAGCAGGCUCACGCUCAUGCUCAACAAGCUCAGCAGCAGGCACAGAGUCGUUUUGCGAACUUGAUGGGUGCGAAGGAGGCUUUCAACCUCAACUAUUCUACCCUCCCUCAUGGCCGCCAGCAGGAGGUGAAGAACGAGGAUACCGUGGGACCCGCACAAAGUAUGGGCAUGGACGCCACUCUCGCCGCGACAUCAACCUUCUCCCCAACCUGGAUGACUGACGCCGUCACCGCUACCGCUACCGCCCACGAUGGGAUGGGGUAUUUUGAUGAGGGUAUGUUGGCUCUCGGACACCACCAGCAGAACACGGGUGGCUUGAAUGGAUUGGGAGGAGAUGAGUAUGCCUUGGCGAGUCCGGGGUUGAAGCUGGAGAAUGUUGAUGAGCAGGGGUUGUGGAGUGCGAUUAUGGAUGAGGUUGCUGUUGCAGAGGGCGAGGGGACGUGGGAGGGGAUAGCUGCUGCUGCUGCUGGGCAGGGGUGGAUGUGA